GCAAAGAAGAAAAUCUGAGGCUAUUAUUAUAGUCGCUAAUAUUGCAGUAAUUGUAGACAAAGAUGAAGAUACUCUCUUUCAACUUUUUUUUAUAUACCAUUAGUGGUAUGUGGCGACCAAUCGAGUGGUCUUCGAAAUGUUCUAAAAUGUUGUAUAGUAUGCUCACUUGUUUCACGAUGUAUUUUCUAAUAAUUUUCACGCUGACUCAAUUGUUGGAUAUUAUUCUUGUUAUUGAAAACGUAGAUGAUUUUGCUAUGAAUACUUCAAUGUUACUUUCGUUUAUGAAUGUAUUAUUUAAGGCAAUUACUGUUAUAACACAUCGCGAUAAAAUUGUCAAUUUAAUUGAAAUACUACAGAAGGAACCUUGCAAAGUGUACAGUGAAAAAGAGAUUAAUAUCCAGAUGAAAUUCGAUUGUAUGAUCAGAUCAUAUUCCAUAAAGUACACAUCUAUGUGUUUGCUUUCUGCCAUUGGUGGCAUAAUAAAAGGGCUGCACCAAAUUUUAAAGGGUCACUUACCCAUUAGGAUGUGGGUACCAUAUGAUUAUACUUCACCCUUUUUACUUUGGUUUACAUCGAUUCAAACGUUUGUGGCUCUAAUUUUUGCCACAAUUGUAACCACUGCAACGGAAACAACGAUAUUGGGUUUUUGCUUGCAAAUAUGCGCACAAAUUGAGAUUUUGAAAUAUCGUCUGCAGAGAACGGUAAAAUCGAAUGAGAAAGAAACCUCCAAAAUUUCAUUGAAUGAUGAGUCAAAUGAAACAUAUAGAUUGUCGGAAUGUAUUUUACAUCACCUGUGUAUAAUCAGACUUGCCAAAAUGAUCAACAAGGUAUUCAGCCAAGUGAUCUUUGUCCAAUUUUUCGCCAGCAUAUUGUUGUUAGGCACAAGUCUGUAUCAUUUAUCUUCUCAUAUGACAAUUACAUACAUUAUCAGCAUGAUUAUGUAUGUACUUUGCAUGUUUGUCCAAAUUUUUGUUUACUGUUGGGCUGGAAACGAAGUUAUACUUAAGAGUACUGGAUUGAGUGACGCUGUAUAUGAAAUGGAUUGGAUAUCGAUGCCUAUUAAUAAGCAAAAAGAUCUAUUAAUAAUUAUGAAACGUAGUACACGUCCUAUCAUAUUUACCAGUAGCUUCUUGGUGACAUUAUCCUUGGAGUCUUACGUCAAUCUUUUGAAAGCGUCUUAUGCUGCAUUUAAUUUUUUUGGUAUGUGGCGACCUAUCGAGUGGUCUUCGAAAUGUUCCAAGAUGCUGUAUUGGAUGCUCACUUGCUUCACGAUGUAUUUAUUAAUAAUUUUAAUGCUGACUCAAUUGCUGGAUAUUAUUCUUGUUAUUGAAAACGUAGAUGAUUUUGCUACGACUUCUUUACUGUUACUUUCGACUGUCAGUGUAUUAUUUAAGGCAACUGCUGUUAUAACACGUCGCGAUGAAAUUGUCAAUUUAAUCGAAACAUUACAGAAGAAACCUUGCACAGUGUAUAAUGAAGAAGAGAGUGAUAUCCAGAUAAAGUUCGAUUGUUUGAUCAGAUCAUAUUCCAUAAGAUAUACGUCUUUGGCAUCAUUUUCUGCCACUGGUGCCGUACUAGGAGGAAUGUUCAAUAUUUUAGAGGGUGAAUUACCCUAUAGGAUGUGGGUACCGUAUGAUUACACGUCGCCUCUUUUAUUCUGGUUUACAUCAAUUCAAGAAGUGGUGGCUGUAAUUUUUGGUACAAUUGUAAAUGUUGCGACGGAGACCACAGUAUUGGGAUUUUGUUUACAAAUAUGCGCACAAAUUGAGAUUUUGAAACAUCGUCUGCAAACAAUGAUGAAGUCCAAUAAAAAGAAGGAAAUUCCUAUUUCAUUGAAUAAUACAUCAAAUGGCAGAAGCAUAUUGUCGGAACAUAUUUUACAUCAUCUAUGUAUAAUCAGACUUGCCAAAAUUAUCAAUAAAGUAUUCAGCCAAGUGAUAUUUGUCCAAUUUUUCGCCAGCAUAUUGGUGUUAUGCACAAGUCUGUAUCAUUUAUCUUCUCAUAUGACAAUUACAGACAUUAUCAGCUUGAUUAUCUAUGUACUUUGCAUGUUUGUCCAAAUUUUUGUUUAUUGUUGGGCUGGAAACGAAGUUAUACUUAAGAGCACUGGAUUGAGUGAAGCUGUAUAUGAAAUGGAUUGGGUAUUAAUGCCAAUUAGUGAACAAAAGGAUCUACUUAUGAUUAUGAGGUGUAGUACACGACCUAUCAAGUUUACUAGUAGCUUUUUGGUGACAUUAUCUCUGGAAUCUUAUGGCAAUCUUCUGAAAACGUCUUACUCUGCAUUUAAUCUUUUGCAACAAUCUUAA